UUAGAAAUAAUGAUCGUGCCGGUCUUCACUUCUACAUUUUGGGUUCUCAGCAGUUGCGUUUUAGAUCAGUAGGGGGAGACCGAAAAUAUGUAAGCGAGAGCGACUCCAUUUGCUAUUAAGACUGUUGGGUUUCUUUCUUCUCCUCAGUCCAAGUCUCCGCUUCGUCUUCCUUCACUUCUACUGCUUUCGUUGCUGAAUCACCUUUAGCAGUGGCAAGGUUUAGGGUUUUCAUCGUCGAACGAAAAUGUCUCAAACCAAGAAAUUGACGCCGAAUCUUGAUCAGCAGAGCACGAAGAUGCUCAAUCUCACUGUUCUCCAGAGGAGAGAUCCAUGCAUCGAAGAGAUUUUGUUUACUGCCUCUCAUGUUUCCUUCUACUCCUUCAACAUUGAAAGCAAUCAAUGGAGUCGUAAGGAUGUUGAAGGAUCUCUCUUUGUCGUGAAGAGGAACGCAGAACCUCAGUUUCAAUUCAUAGUGAUGAACCGCCGCAAUGCAGAUAACCUAGUGGAAAAUCUAUUGGAUUUUGAGUAUGAACUGAAAAAGCCAUACUUAUUAUAUAGGAAUGCUGCCCAAGAAGUUAAUGGUAUAUGGUUUUACAAUUCAGAUGAAAGUGAAGAAGUUGCGAAUCUCUUUAAUGGGAUACUUGAUGCAUACUCAAAGGCAGCUCCAAAGACAAAAUUGCCUUAUAGCAAAAGUGAAUUUGAGGAGCUUGAACCAGUAGCUAUUGUAACAGAAAAGAAUCUGAAGAAGUCUUCAGCCACCCCUUCUGCAAUUGGUUCAUUUGAAGAUGCUGCCUUUGUAGACUGUCUCAAUACAGAUAAGGUCGCUGGUAACUACCCUUCAAAUGUGGAUAGUUUAAGACAGCCUUACCAUUCUGGAAUUGUUGCUUCUGUUGCUCCCAGUGGUGUGUUUUCUGCUUCCCCCAUUAUGAAUGUACCAUCCGGUUCUCAUUCAGCUUCAUUGCUACCAGCCUUCCUACGCAACUCUUCUGAUACAAGCAACAGGGGUAGUCAGAACGCUAGUCUUUUGAAGCCUUCUACACUUGUUGCACCCACCCUCUCUCCAUCUGCACCUUCUGCAGCUUUUCUUAAUUUCCUGAAUCAACCACAGCCACGCCAACAUGGCACACCGUUGCUUCAACCAUUUCCACCACCAAGUCCACCUCCAUCUCUGAACCCAACUUGUACCUCCGCUUCCAACAAGCCUAUCAUCAGAAGAGAGAGAGUGCGUGAUGCACUUUCAUCACUUGUUCAGGAUGAUCAAUUCAUUGACUUGGUGUUUCAGACAUUGCUAAAGCCGCACCAUUGACGAUUAGUUUCAAGUUGUAGUUGCAUGUGAACCUGGUUCUGUAUAUAGUAGUUAUACUCUUUAGGCAGGAACACAUCUCUUGGUUGUUUCUCCAUACAGGUUUCCGUCUAUCCUAAGCUUUGAUCACUACCAAUGCAGACCCGUAAUGGGUGGAUGGUGUCAAUAAUUGUUUUGAUUUGCGUCAGUUUUGCCUUGGUAUGUUUUAGUUUUUCGUAUUUUUGGUACAGACGCAAGAGUUCAAUUGAUUGAGUGUUCCCCCCGGUCCUCUGCCA